GUUCGGUUAAUCUCUCAUCCCUCCUCUAUCGAUACAUGUGCUCGCGAUUUUCAUACAAUAAUUAGUUUUCCAGUUGUGUUAUGUUUAAGACAACGUGUUUGUAAGGCGUGUCACAAAUAUCAGCGGUACGCGAUUAAAUUUUGCGUUAAACUCGGCGAUUCCGUUAUGGAAACGUACGAUAAAUUGAUGAAAGUGUUCGGUGAUAAAGCCCUGAGUCGUGCUCAGGUGUUUCGAUGGCAUAAAAAUUUUAAAAAUGGUCGUGAAAGCGUCGGGGAUGAACCGCGAAGUGGGAGACCGGUUGAAGCUCGAACUGACAACAAUGUUCAGCGUGUGCGCACUCUCGUGCAUCAAGAUCGGCGUUUAACCGUUCGAAUGUUGGCUGAUGAACUUAAUUUGAAACGAGAAACCGUCAGAAAAAUUUUAACUGAUGAUUUGUCCAUGAAAAAGCUGUGUGCAAAGAUGGUACCUUCAUCAUGACAAUGCUCCAUGCCAUCGUGCCUUCAGUGUGUCGCGAUUUUUGACCUCUAAGAACAUCGCAGUGUUGCCACAAGCGCCCUAUUCGCCGGAUAUGUCACCCAG